GCCGCCAUCUCCCUGUCAAUAACAAGCCCCUAGCCGCCGUCACCUGGGUAACCGCUAGUCCCCGCCCACCAACCGCUGCCUCCCCUUCACAGACCACCUUACUGAGGCUGGCGCCGCUUCCUGUUGCCAAGGCGACGGCAUGGCCGCGGCGUCCGCUGUUACCAUGACAACCAAGGCAAGAGGCCGUGCGGCCAGGAACGGUGGUUCAGAUAUUGCUAAGAAGCACAGGGAGAGCACCCACAGCCCCUCUAUACUGGGAACCAACUACCUCUCCAUAUUGUGCACCAACUACCUCUACAUAUUGGGCACCAACUACCUCUCCCCUCUGGGUACCCAGUCCCCCUCUACACAGGACUCCCAACAUCCCCUUUACAGGACACUCAGCACCCUCCAUAUAGAACACCCUGCACCCUCCAAACAAGGCACCCAGCACCCUCCAUAUAGGGCACCCAGCACCCCUUCAUAGAGGGCACCCAGCAUCCUCCAUAUAGGACACCAAGCACCCUCCAUAUAGGGCACCCAGCACCCUCCAUAGAGAGCAUCCAGUAUCGAUCAGCACCAUGAGCAGCGAACAAAUGAAGCUGGAAGCUGUGAUUCAGCGCCUGGAGGAUACGGUGUUAAAUCCAGAUAGCUUAGGAGAAGACAGAACAUUGAGUUUUCGAGGUGUUGAAGGAGAGAGAGACACCUUGACUCCCGUGCCUGCACGUAUCAGGGAGAUAGUCACACAGAAUCUGAGUGAGGACUUAAGGCACAGACCCUCUGAUUCUUAUCUAGACUGUACUUUCCAUGAGGAGAACAGAUCUCUACAGGAUGAAUUAUUCCGUACGAAAGACCUGCUGGCACAAACACGCUCUGAGCGUGAUGAACUCACACUCAAAAAUCUCAACUUGACUGAGAAGUUGGAACAGUCUCAUAACCUGCGAUUGGGUGAAAGUGAAGUGGUCUUGGAUAUGAGACGCCUAUUCCGUGAAGAGGAAAUGGCGUACAAACGCAAAUUAUCAGCCUAUCAGGACGGUCAGCAGAAGCAGGCUCAACUAGUACAGAGACUGCAGAACAAGGUUUUACAGUAUAAGAAAAGGUGUGGAGAGCUUGAACAACAACUUUUGGAGAAAACAUCAGAAAAGGAGCAGCAAAAAUCAACUUUACAGGCACGUUUGGAUUUGGCAGAAUCAGUCCUACAAAGGUCCGACCAAGAUCACAGCACAGACCUGAAGAAAACACUUGCUCGACUAGAGGAUGAACAGAAAAGGAGUAGCACUUUGUCCCAAAUGAACCUAAUUCUGCGAGAUGAAAUGGACCAGCUAAAGUUAUCCAAUGAGAAACUUGCAGAGGAGCUGAGGAUCCUGACUGCUGAUCUCCACAAAGCACACGAUGAGGCAGAAAAACAAGAGAUUGAGUGGAGGAUGGAAAGAGAGAGUUAUUCCAAGUACAUGACCAAUGAGCACGGCAGCAUUCUGACUUUAUGGCAUCAGACAACAACUCUACGCAAUCAGUUCAAUGAACUGCGGUCUACAGCAGAAAGGAGCAUCACUGAGAUCAAGUCAGACAUUUCUCGCAGUUCCCGUCGCAUGCACACAGCAUGUCUGAAUCUGGAUUCCAACUUGCGUCUCUCCCAGAAUGCAGCAGGAGCUUCUCUUCAGACAGCACGCCUUGAGCAGCAGCUCCGAGACAAAGUUCGUCAAAUGAUCCAAAUGCAGAGCCAAUUUGAUGCAGAGAAAGUGGAACUAAACUCCAGGAUCAACGAACUUUCUGUGCAGGUGGAGAAAUUGAAAGGCGAAAACAGUAACAUGGAGAAGGAGAAGCAGAGGCUGGAGAACAGUGGAUGUGACACUUUCCAGGAGCUGGCAGGUGUACGAGAAGAAUGUGAAUCACUGCAGCAAGUCUUGAAUGCUAUCACUCAGAUGUGUCAAGCAGUUGGUCAUACAGAAACAACAUGUUUGGAAAGUUCUGGAGCACCAGCUUUUGAUGGCGUUAAACAGGCUCUGUUCACAUCUCCAUCUCACAGAAGAUCUCCCACCCCUGUGCGUUCUCCUCUUAGACGAGAUGCACCCCUGAAAAUUGUGCAAAGCAUUCUGCAGAGACAGCAGCAGACAGAGAAGGAUCUCCGAUCCGAGCUCAGUAAUGUUCAAGAAUCUUUGGAGUCUACCAAGAAGCAGCUUCUAGAGAAUGUUCAGGAGUUUGAGAGACAAAGACGAGACCUGAAGAGAGAGAAGGAUGAGCUCUGCUGCAUUCUGGAGGGGGUGAAACAAGAGUGUCAGAGAGGUCAAGUCAGCCUUGAAGCUCUGAACAGAGAGAGGGAUUCCUUGGAAGAUUCUCUUCAAUCAGUAAAGCAGAGAGCAGAGGGAUGUCAGCUGGAAGUAGAACGAUUGAAGUCCAUGAACACAGAUUUACUGCGCCAGAGGGAUGUUCUAGAAGAGCAGAAAGAGGAGUUAACUAGGGAGCGUGAACGAAAUCACAAGGAACUUGAGAGAAGCCAAAGAACUCAAGAACAAUUGGAAGAAAAGGUCUCCAUGCUGAAGAAAGAUCUAGUGACUGUCCGAGAGAGUCUAAGUCAGACAGCUCUGGAGAGAGAUGUCUUGCAAGGAGAGAAAGAUGCUGUGGCCAGUGCUCUUACCAAGGCUGAAUCAGGCAGAGCGGAGUUAGAAUUGGCACUCACUCAGAUACGCAGUGAACGGGCGGCACUGAACGACUCUCUUGCCAAAAUGGGUGCAUUGAAUGAGGGCCUGGCACAAGACAAAGUGGAACUAAACCGUGUCAUCCUGCAGCUGGAGACCGAGCGUGGGUCCCUACUGGAGGAGCGCCGAGCCAGUGAAGCUAGCUGCAUGGCUUUGAAGGAGGAACGCGAAGCUUUGGAGCUGGAGGUGUCCCAUCUGCAGGCUGAAAGGUCAGGGUUGGAACGCAGGCUUCAAGAGGCUGAUGAAAAGCAUCAGAGGCUUGAGGAGCAGUUCCACUCCAUACGCAAGGAGAGGGCAAAGUUACAGGAGCAGCUUUCACAGGUCACGGCAUUGACACAGACACUGCAAGGUCAGUUGCACGAAAGCAAUAGAGAAGUAGAGUUGCAAUCCUCCGUCCUAAAACGCACAUCUCAGCGUGUAGAGGAACUAACCAAUCAGAAUGCAGAACUUGGAGUGCAGCUGGCUGCCAUGGAUGCUGAGGCACAGGAGCAUGAAGACGAGUUUGCCCAACUCCGAGCUCAGAAGGAGGCCCUGGAGAGUGCACUGUACGAAACACAGCGGAGAGCAGCGCAGUUAGAAGAUCGUAGGGAACAGUUGGAAGGAGAGAUACAUGUACUGAUGGUUGCCAAACAGGACCUUCAAGCGGAAGCGCAGCGGCAAGCACUGGAAGCUGAGGAGGCGAUGGCCGAGCUGCGACAGCAGAAGGUUACUCUGGAGCUCCGACUCACUCAGGCAGAGCAAGCAGCACAGCUGUCUCUCAGUAACCAGGCCCAGCAACACCAAGACACCGUGGAGAGACUCAGGAAGGAGCAGGAGAGUCUGCGUCUGGCAAUGAUUGUGGAGAAACAGGAGGUGGUGCAGCGUUUGGAGAAAGAGAAGGAAGAGCUGCUUUCAGACAGUGAGUUUGUGAAGCAGAAACUCAGCUCUGAUAUCAUGCGUCUGCAGGAAGAGAAAGAGGAGAGCUUGCUUAAGGUGGAGAGCGAAAAGCAGAAGGCCUUGUUCCUUAAAGAGACAGAAAAGAAUAAUCUCAAUGAAAAGCUGGUGCAGACACAGAGGGAUCUCUCUGACACUAAACUGGAAGCCGAGAGGUUUAAACGUGAAGUUCAAAUAAAGCAGGACCAGGACAAGUCUGUGCUGGAUGGAGUCUCCUCUGAACUUAAGGCUCUUCAAACUGAGUUUGAAGAUGCUAUGUUCGCGCACUCUAAAGAGAACAAGAACCUCUGCGAUCGUGUAAAGCAGCUGAGCCAGGAUAGGGAGAGUCUGACUACAGAGAUGGAGGAACUUAAAACACAGUUGCGAGUGGCUGAAGACUCAAGAGAUGGGUUGCGCAGGGACAUAAUUGAGGUACAACGUCUGCUCCGAGAGAUGGAAGAUACUUGUGAAAUUCAAAGGAAGGAAACGUUAGAGCUGCGCCGGGAUAUUGGAGACCUGACCCGUGAAAGAGAAACUCUGCACAGGUCCAAUACUGAACUGAGGACAAACAUCAAGAAAACAGAGACGGAGAGAAGCAGCCUGCACGUAUCAUUGGAGGAGAAACUGCAGCGCCUGUCUGUACUGCAAGAGGGGAAGGCAUGUGCAGAACGGGAAGCAGCACAGCUGAGAUCCAGCCUGCGGGAGGUGGAGCGUGCCCAUAUAGAGGCACGCAGACAGUUACAGGAGCUACGAAGACAGGUGAAGACACUAGGUGGAGAGAGCAGUCAGAAGGAACAAGAGGUGGCUGAUCUCCAAGCUCGCAUACAGCAAGAGGAGCAGAAGGAGCAGCAGAGCCGGCGGGAGUCACUGGAGCUGAGACAACGAAUAACACAGAGUGAGGUCGAACGAGAGGCUGCUCGCAGAGAGAUAUUGUCCCUGCAGCAACGCCUGUCUGCAUUAGACUCCUCUUCUUGUCAGCGUGAAAGAGAUCUUGAGCAGCGUCUGAAUGAGAGCCAUGUUGCGGAGCAGCGUUUGCAGGAGUCAUGCAAGAAUCUUCAGGAGCAGAUUCAGCGUGGGACCAGAGAAGCAGAAGAUCUCCGGCUCCAACUGGGAGCUUAUGAGGCAAGAGUGCGGGCGCUUGAAUCUGAGCUGAACAAGAUGCAAACAGCACGUAGGGAAGCUGAGGCACAGCUUAGCAACUUGUCUUCGGUAAUCCGACGGACUCUUGGUGUCAGAGGUCGCAGUCCUUCACCCCACAGAGCAAUGUCUCCCAGUAAAAGUAUUGAUGGCUCGUUCUUGGAGGGGCGAAGAACUCCUAGCUCUCGGAGUGGGUCUCCUGACCGCAGCCGCUCUCCAUACCCAGAGCUUGAACCAGAUGCUGUGAAAGUAGCCUUAAAGGACUUCAUGCAAGUCCUGAGGGAAACGCAGAAGGAGAAGGAUGAAACUAGUGUCCAGAUCCUAUCUUUACGCAGACAACUGGAUGACAUUGCUAAUUCCCGGGAAAAACUGCAGAGCCAACUGCAGAAAGAGCUGAGACAGAUGGCUGAACUACAAGAAGGGCAGAAGCGAACAGAAGAACGUCUGGGGACAGCACACACAGAGAUACGUCUGCUUCAGGAUAAUCUACGGCACGCAGAGAUAGAACGCCAGGCAGUGGGAGAGCGUGCAAUGUCAAUGGAGCACAAUCUACGAGUGUGUGAGGAUGAGAAAAGAGAUUUACAGGAUCGACUUUUCCGGGUUCGCGGUGACGAGAGUAGGCAGGAGCUGGCAUGUAAGGGCUUAAAAGAAGUGCUUGAAGCUGCAGAGAACCGGGGCACAGACCUGGAGCUGCGGCGCCGCUCACUAGAAGGGGAGUUGGAGCGAACACGGAUGAGUCUGGCAGAGAAAGAAGCAGAAACUCAAACCCUCCAUGACAGAGCGCAUCAGCUACAGGAACAACUGAGAGGAAGUGAAGACAGAGAGGCAGCUUUGCAGAAGGAGGUACAACGGCUCAGUCUGGCAUUGACUAGGGCACAGGAUGGUGAGCGGCAGCUUCAGGAAAAGUCACAGGGGCUGACGCAUGCACUUGGAGAGGCAACUGCUGGCAGAGGUAACCUACAAGAGGAUGUGAGCCGGCUUCAUGCAGCACUGACAGCAGCUGAACAGGACAGGAGGGUGCUACAGGAAAGGCUUGACUCUGUUCGGCAGGCUCUGAGUGACAGCAAGAGGCAGAACAUGCGUCUGUCACAGACUAUCCAGGAACAGCAGCAACAACUGGGAGAGAUGGAGCUGUCUUGCCGAGAACUACAAGCAAGAUCAGAGGAUCUGCAGCAGACCCUGCUAAAGCAGCAAAAGAGAGACGUGGAGCAGGGGUCUGUUAUGCUGGAGCUACAGGAGAGGGUGAAGAUGUUGCUGGGAGACAAGACACAAGUUGAGAUUGACAAACAGGAGAUUCAACAUUCAGCAGCUCUUUUAGAAAAAGGGAACAAUACACUGAGGCUCUCGCUAGAUAAAGUGAAGCGUGAUCAAGGGCGCAUGGAAGGGGAAAUUCAACGUCUUUCUAUAGAGAAGGAACAACUCAACCAGUCACUGGUGUCCUUAAGAAAGGAUUUAGCAGAUGCACAGAGACAGAACAAAUAUCUCGAGGAGCAGAUCACAGAGCUUGAAAGAAGCCAUGCGCAGCGCCUUAUGGAAGUGAGCUUGAGACACCGUCAAGAGCUGGAGUCUGAAAGCGAGAGACUGCGCAGUGCCCAGCAGCUGACUGAGAGCACCCUGGAAUCACGGGAGAGGGCACAUAGGCAGCGAAUCAGGGGACUGGAGGAGCAGGUGAAUACUUUACAGGAACAACUAAAUCAGGACAUGAGACGCCGGCAGAACACACAUUCCUAAUUCUUCAUUACGAGACAGAGAGAACCCUAAAUGUGAGGACAAUCACCUCAAUCCAACAAGUGCCUGUUUAUAUUUACUGAGCAACUCUUCACUAUUCAUAACAGAUUUACAGAGCACAUUUCAUUUUCUAUGCUAUCAUAAGUCUUAUGCAAAAGAACCAAUCCGAUCCAUUGCCCAACACACUUAUUCAGUAAAUAUUUAUUGCACUUUGAUUGGAUGGAUGUUAUCAUCUGCUUAGAUUCUCUAAACAUGGAUAACUAAGUAAAGAUUUUACAAACAGUAUUGUGCCAAAUGAAAUUGAUACUGCUGGUUGUUUGCAAUAACCUCUAUUGCCAAAUGAAUAUGUUUAUGUCUAUAUAAUUGUAUAUUUCAGUGAGCCUUAAUGCUGUAUCUGUGCCUUAAAUACACCUAUAGCCUGUAUUUCAGUUCUCUAACACAUGGCUGCUUAGUCUUUAAUUACGUUGAUUUUAUAACUAGACGUUUAUAAUUCUUUUGCAUGUAAUACCCAUUCAAAAAUGCAUCGUGUAAGGCAUUGUAAGGAUAUUGAUAAACUUUACAAUUCAGUCUUGUCAGGCUCAAUCAACCAAUGAAAAACAUUUCUAUAAGAUUUAUAUAUUUUUAUGUUUCCCAGUUACAUACGCUAUCUGUCAUUGCAUGGUCUUCCUUGAAUGAAUGUCUUGUAACAGUGUGCGCUUUACAGGCAUUCCUAUGUACAAUUGCUAUGAACGCAACCAUUAAUGUCCGAGAUUAAAUAUAAGUUGCUAUACAGGUAUAGAUUACCCUAUUGUAAUAAUACAAGCUGACUGGUAUAGGGUAUUCACAAAAUAUAGCAGCAGAGAUUUUAUAAACAAUAAAAAGUAAUAAGCUGUAGAUAUAAGUCAGCAGUAGAAGAAGAUUGGGGAUACAGGUUAUUAUUCAUGUACAUGAAAAUAGAGGAACAUGUUUUAAUAAUCGACAAAUAUGCAAUGGGUUUAUUAACUGAACCAGCAAUUGUGGAAGCUGGUAUUGGAGUUGCUAAUUAAGACUGAAAUAACCCAGCUGGUAAUAGAUGAACAGGAGAAUUACAGCAACUUUAUCAUUUUGCCCUAAAAUUCGCCAUUAACCAGGAAUUACACAUUUUAGAUCAAAAUAGCUGAAUUGGAAUGCCCUCCAUUUGAGAUAUGUUUACUGUUUUGCCUUUACAGCUCCAUGUUAAAUUCUCACAGUUCACAAUUUAACGAGUAACCCUGAGCAAUGUAUUUACUAAAGACCGAACUGUUGUGAAUUAAAAAGUAAACUGAAAGAUUUCUACACUUUUUUUCUAUUUUUGCCCAGUUUUAAAAAUCGGUUUUCAACACAGUCAGUACUACUCUGUGUUUUGUGUCCAACCCUAUUAUCCUUGUAGGAAUCAGACUAAAAAUAGUUUCCUUGCAUAUUUAACAUUAUCAUAAUAUUUCACAUAAUAUUUUACUAUAAAACAGGACAGUGAUAGGCAACUGUUCGCUUUCAAUGCAUUAGAUCUGGGUGGGCCAGAUUUC